AUGCCUAAAUCAAAAGAAUUCGUUGACAAUUCAGAUUCUGAAGAACGAAAAAAUUCCGGUAGCGAAGAAGAAAAACCCAAGGCAUCAACAUCGAAAAAGUCAAAAAAUAAAAUUACAACUAACAACGAAGAUCCACCAGCUAAACGAGCAAAACCAAAUGAUGAUACCGUAGCUUCGAUAGCUGGACCUAGUGGUGAACGACUUUAUGAACUUGGCAAAUUACGUUAUAUAUCAGUCAGCGAAUUCAAAGGUAAAUCAUUGAUCAAUAUUCGUGAAUAUUAUGAAGAUAAGGGCGUACAUAAGCCUGGCAAAAAAGGCAUAAGUUUAUCUGUUGAUCAAUGGGAAAAAUUGAAGUCAGUUAUUAGCCAAAUCGAUAAAGAUCUCAAAUAA